AUGCCACGUUCAUCUAAAAAACGAAAACCUAAUAAAGAACCUGAACCAUCUAGUUCAUCAGAUGAUAGUAAUAAUUCUGAAGAAGAAGAAGAAGAACUAGAUCAACAUGAAAAUAUUCAAAUAGAUUUAGAAGCUCGUACACCUAUUGAUACUGAUCAUUCAGCAAUUCUUUAUUUUCUUGAACAAUCAUUUGGUAGUACAUUAAAAAAAUCUAUCCUUGAUUUAAAUCUAUUAGCAACUCAACUUAUAAAUCAACAAUCUAUUGGUAGUGUUUUCUAUCAACCAGUAGAUGAAGCAGAUGAUGAUGAUGACGAUGAAAGUCCAGUAUUAGGUAUAUGUUCAUUUCUUCGUUUUUAUCAACAACAAAAUAAACAAGUAGCAACAUGGUUAUUGGAUAAAUGUUCGGAUAAUGAACAAGCAAAAGCUAUUCUACAAACUUCAAAAUGUGGACUAUUUAUAAACGAACGUUAUAUGAAUAUACCAGUCGAUAUAAGUUUACCAGCUAUUCGAACUCUUCGUACAGAAAUUUCUUAUGAAAUCGAUUAUUGGAUAAUUCAUGCAAAAUUACGUUUAGAUAAAAAUAAUUCAAAUACAAUUUAUUAUAUUAAUGGUGAAGAUGAAAUAUUUCAAAAUCAUUCAACUUUAUUUAUUGAUUAUACUCCAACACAAUCGAAUAACAAUGAAUGGACAGAAAAACGACGAAUAAUAUUUGUUUCUACUAAUAAACUCGAUCAAAUAUGUUCAGAUAUCGAACAUAAAUUAAAACAAUAA